GAAGGAGCACAGAGUUGGAUGAGAAUAUACAAAUGAAGUUUCGCCAGCACGUGAUCCAGCACAAGAUCCCGGAAAUCUUCAUUUACGAAUUCCCUUCUUAUGGCCAUUGCCAGUCAGCGGAUGAAUUUCACAGACUGGACGACAGUUAAAACGGGGAAAAGAAGGAAGCAAAGUGUGAGCGAGUGUUGCUCACAGGGUUCCCAUGAAGUGGGGCUUUCCAUGUAACAGGUCAACAGCAACAACAACUUGCAUUUACAUAGCACCCCUCACGCAGAGCGACCUGUGUUGUUCCAUUCAGUUCAACCAAAUAAAGCCAAGUGUGAUAAGAAA